UUCAAUCUCUUUUGCCUGGGGCUGACCAAAGGUUCUGCAUGAGGCAUUUAUAUGCAAACUUCAGGAAGAAAUUCCCGGGAAAGAAUCUGAAAGCUUUAAUGUGGGAAGCAGCUCACAGCACAUAUCCACAACAAUGGGAGAAAGUCAUGAAGAGGAUGAAAGAAGUUAACAACGAUGCUUUCAAACAUCUGUUAGGAAUACCCCCUAGGUAUUGGUCAAAGUCAAGGUUCAUCCCCAGACCUUUGUGUGACACACUCGUCAAUAACAUGAGCGAGGCAUUCAACAGCGUAAUUGUACAAGCAAGGAGCAAGCCAAUAGUGUCCAUGAUGGAGGAAAUACGUCUUUAUAUGAUGCAAAGAUGGGCUGAGAAUCGAUCAAAGGCAAAAUCAUUCAAAAACUCAAUAUGUCCAAGAAUCAAGACAAGAUUGGACAUUGAAACAAAAAAUUCCACGAAUUGGAUUCCCAGCUGGUCAGCAAAUCAGAUGUUUGAGGUUAGGCACAAAUCAUUUACUGGGGAGAAAUUUGUGGUGAACAUAGACAGCAAGCAUUGCACCUGCAGGAAGUGGAGUCUAACAGGGAUACCUUGCUGUCAUGCAGUGGCUGCAAUUAAGUUUUUGAACUUAAGUGAAGAAGAUUUUCUCCUUCAUUGGUUCAGAAUCUCAACCUAUGAAGAGACCUACAAUUCCAUCAUAUACCCUUGUAAUGGGCAGCAAAUGUGGACUGAAACAGAAUUUCCAGAUGUAUUGCCCCCUCCUAAACGAAUUCUACCUGGAAGACCCAAAAAGAAAAGAAGACUUGAAGCUUGGGAGAUGAACAAGAAUGGGAAGCAGAUUACAAAACAUGGCAUGACUAAAAAAUGUAGCAUAUGCAAAGAAGUUGGUCAUAAUCGAAAAAUUUGUCCCCAACAACCUCAACCAGCACCACCAAGUCAGCCAACACCAUCGACUCAGCCAACACCAUCAACUGAAACAACACCACCAACUGCAACAGCAGCAGGAAGUCAGCCAACACCACCAACUGAACCAACACCACCAACUCAGCCACCACCACCAACACCUAUGACUCAACCAACUCAGUCAUCACAACAGCCACCACCAACACUUAUGACUGAACCAACUCAGUCAUCACAGCAGCCACCACAGUCAUCACAGCACCCACACCCAUGCCACCUUCCAAUUCCUCGUCCAACCAUACCCAAUAGAAGGCAGAAACUGCAGCAUAGGAGAGGACGUGUGUGGAAGCCAUGAGGAUUACUUAUGCUUUUUUGUAUGCUGCACGAUUUGUUUUGGAGCUUUGAUGUAUUAUGCAGCUUUUACAUUUCUAAGUCAAGAAUAUUAUGCAGCUUUUAGAUUUCUAAGACAAGUAUGUUUUGUCCACUUUUAAUUUACAUGUUUUACAUUGUAAGUUCAAAAGUCCAAAACACUAUUGGAUGUCUUUUGUGUUGU